CGAGGGGGCGAAGUGAGAGAGGAUGGGAGAAGAAGAGGGGGCGCAGGCGCGAUAAUCUUUUGAGGAGUUGGCUGGGCGAGGUAAGGAGGGGCAGGAGGGGCGUGAUGAGAGUCGGAGCGAGGCCUUGGUAGACGGUAGGCUGGUGGGCUAUGUGAAGGGAGCAGGGCAAGGACAAGAAAAGGAGAACGAGGCGUAGUCAUCAUUCAAUCGUCUACAUUGGAUCGCUCAUUGAUAUUGAGUAAUACGAGAGCGUAAGAAGAAGAGGCAGAGGAGGGAGAGUAUCUCGUAUGGAUACUGUAGAGGGCGCUACGUUAUAUGCUACGUAGUCAAACCUCACUCUCACGCCAGCUACCGCCCCUCCCCACCCUUAGAGAUGACAUCGCCAUCCCCUCCCUCCUCCUCCUCCUCCUCCUACCAGAUCCCCCCUCUCCGCAGCCUUUUCCCUCUCUCGACGCUCUCGACGCGCCUUUCGCUCCUGCCCCGUCUCUUUCCUCCUCCACCCCAUCCUCCUUCGUCGCUCCUCCUUGCGACGGGCUUCCUCGUCAAGAUGAGCGUCGGAGUGCGUAGCGUGCGUCUCGUGAGUGGGCGUGGGCGCGUGCACAGCUCGCUGACGGGCGAUUUGCUGCUCCAACAGGACGAGACGCUCCUCCAGACGGCAGUUCUCCUCGAGAAAUGCCUCGCGCAGCUCCCUUUGCCUCUGGCGGAGGUGCUCGGCCUCGAGCUCAGCCGGAGUCGGGGUUCGUCCGCCGUCGCUGCGAAUGGGAGAUGGCGGCGUCAUGGCGAAGUGCGUACGGUGCGAGGAUCUGAAGAAGGCGGUGCGAGUUGUCCUAUGCUGUGCGAGAUCUUGACGUCAAGCAAGCGCUGCUGCACGUCGGGGGAAAGGUGACAUUGUUGCCCUCCUGCUUAAUGUUGCGCUUCAGGCUGUACUC